AUGGAACUUCCUCCAAUUCCGGCUAAACAUGCCGACUGGAUCGCACAUGUCUCUAGCCACCCAGACAAGCCUCUGGGCGAGUUGAUGGCUCCAUACAAAGAAUAUGAUGCCAGACUACGCGAAAUCUUCGCUCAGCAACCCGAACACCCAGUGACCGCAACCCCAAAUGUUGUCCCAGUCUUUGCAGGACACGAGAACAAGCUCAUGGUUCGCGCUCGCAAUCGUGCCAACGAGCCCGAGGAUGAACGCCAACGUUAUCUAAUGCCUCUCAGCGCGGCAGAUCGCAGGCCUAACGGUUCCCCAGCUGUUUUGAAGUCGCUCAAUCAGUUUCAAACAAACUUUCAACUAUUCUCCGAAUCAUCUCUCGUUGACUUGGAUUGGUCCAACGUUGUAGCAGCAGGCAGUGCGGUUGUGACCUCACUCCUGCCUGUUCCUAAUCAACACACAGCCUCCAAACGAGCCCUUCGCGAAUAUUACCAUCAAAAGUUGGCACCAGCUUCCGACGUUGAUCUUUUCCUCUACGGUCUCACGGAGGAAGAGGCUAUCGAGAAGAUCAAGCAAAUUGAACAACGCAUCAAGGACUCGAUUUUGUCAGAGACAACCACAGUCCGAACCAAGAAUGCCAUCACCAUCGUAUCGCAGUACCCAGUCCGGCAUGUCCAGAUUGUCUUGCGCAUCUACCGUUCCAUUUCCGAGAUCCUUACGGGAUUCGAUGUGGAUUGCUCAUGUGCUGCCUAUGACGGAAAACAAGUCUAUGCUAGCCCUCGCGCUCUGGCUGCAUUCAUGACUCAGAUCAACACGAUCGAUUUGACACGUCGUUCACCCUCGUACGAAAAUCGCCUGGCCAAGUACGCACGGAGAGGAUUUGAAGUUUACUGGCCGCUGCUCGAUCGUUCUCGCGUUGAUCCAACGCUGUUUGAGCGCUCUUUUGGACGUACACUUGGCCUCGCUCGGUUGUUGGUGCUCGAGAAGUUGCCCAAAAGUAGCGAUAGAGAGGCGUAUGUCGAUCAGCGUCGCGCUGAACGUGGCAGACCGAAGAUCCAUCGAUACCCUACACGUAAGCUGCGGGGCAACAUGAAACAAGAGCACGAGGAAGAUGUUGCAGAAUGGGUGGAGACGGAUGAAGUCAGUGAUUACCACACCUUUACUAUUCCGUAUGGGCCACAGUUCCAUGCACGAAAGAUUGAAAAAUUACUGUAUGUCAAAGACCUGCUGCUCAACGCCGAAUGGAACCGACCAAAGGAACGCGAGACCGGACUGCAUCGACACCCUGCAUUCUUUGGAGAUGCGACUGAUGUUAUAGGAGAUUGCUGUGGCUAUUGCCCUGAGCCAGCCACGCCCGAAGAAAAAGAGAUUGCCGCUGAAAAGAGCAAAAUAUAUGUGUCUGGCAACAUAUCCUUUCUCAAAGAUGACCCGGGACGUCAGGCUAUUGGAUCAUUUCAUCCUCUUACAGACGAUGACUGGACAGAGAUGGCUUAUGUCGGGAACACUGCAAGGCUAUGUCGAGCCAUUGUCGAGAGCGACCUUGAACAUGUCCAGGACUGGCUGAACCAGGAAGAUGCGGAUCCAAACCGGCGAGAUUAUACUGGCCGCACGCCACUUCACCUGGCAGUCAUGACAUCCACGCCUCAAAUUGUCCAAGCUCUCAUCGAUGCAGGUGCUCGUCUUGUUGCCCGCCUUUUUGAUGGCAAAACCGCUCUUCAUCUCGCGGCUAUGCGCGGCGAAGCAGAUAUGGUCAAAGCACUUCUCACUAAAAGCGAAGCCAACGAAGAGCUGGAAGCAGAAAAGGCCACUCUCAAGCAAAGACACCGGGAUAAGCUGAGCAGCGAUAUUUGUAAAGACGCUGAAGAGCCAAGGGAAGAAAGCAAUAAUGAUUCUGAUUUCUCUGAUGAAGAUUCUAAUAACGCCGAUGCGACGACCGAAGGCUCUUUCAUAAAGAUUGCCCACCGAGAGCCAGAGAUCCAUGAAGCCCUACCGGAGGAUGCGGAUGACGAACCCGAUGUUUACGACGUGAAUGUAUUGUCCUGGGAUGCACCAGUAUCUGCACUGCAUCUUGCCAUUGCAAAUGGUCACGUUCAUGUUGUCAAGCUCCUCGUCCAAGAGUUCGGUGCUGAUGUGCUGUUACCCAUCAAGCUUGUCAACAAUUACAACAAAUCCCCGCGGGCUGCAAUUCUUCCGGUAGUUCUCGCGUUACGCCUAUCGCCCGAAAAAGCUAAGGAAAUGACCAAUGUGCUGGUUAGCCUUGGUGCAUCACCUGCUCAGGCUGACCUCGGGCAUGUAACGGCACUUAAUUACUUUGCUGCGUACGGAGUGGAUUUAUUAAGAGUCUUGAUAUCAUCAAACCGGCCUGCAGCAGAACGAGCAGCAAACCAUGUAUCUACGGAUGCUAGGCAGUAUCUACAGCCUCCUAAGAGCGCGUUGCUCACAGCAAUUGAGAGUGGAGAUGCUGAAGCCGUUGACGCACUGUUAGAACUCGGAACCAAACCUGACAUCGAUCUUGCUGCCCAUCUGGCAGCCAUGAAUAGCGAUAAAAAACUCGCUUCUGGUGACGAAGGAACCCUGCUGUUCUUGAGAGGGAAUUCUGAGCAACCUGUAUUCUCUGCAGUACGUCACGAUAUGCUGUCAGUCGUUCGAAAGCUCUUGGAAGCUGGCACAGACGUCAACUGUCUGAACUCAAACGCUUGGAGAGCAAUCAGGAGCGCUUCGUACACUGACCGUGAUACGGGGACUCUCUUAGAUAUUGUCCGCUUCAGAAUGGCAACAAUGCGUACGUUCAUCGACAUAGGCAAAGUUGAAGGCGUGGGCGGCCGGAUGGGCAGCAAUGGCUGGGUCGAUACUCGCUAUCAAAGGAAGCGCUUUUUGCCAAUACCGCUGAAGGAUGACGCUCACUAUCUUGAAGACUACAAACCAAACACGUACACUCAUUGGACGGUGAGCACACAAAUCGAUAAGGCCAAAGUAGCCUACAAGGACAGCUUGGAGGAGUAUGAAGAAUGGCUAGAUUCCGAGCAAGAACCCGCGGGUAUGGAGGCAAAGAAAUUGGCCAUUGAAUCCCUCCUCGAAGAGUACGAAGCGCUCGAAUCGUACUUAGUUGAGCACGGGGCGAGGACAUUCACGGAGCUAUAUCCCGCAGUCCAGCUUGUGCAAUCCCCGGUUUACAAUCAUUAUGGACUCAAUCAGGAGCCUCCCAAGCCAUGGAGCCCAAAUAUAGCCUUCAGCCUCCCAUAUAUGAAAGACGAGCGAAAAGCUGGGUACAUCAAGCUGUUUGAGGCAUGCUGGGAAGGCGAUAUUUCGACAAUCAAAGAGCUCACUCUAGCCAUGUGGGAUAACAACCAAACUCCUCUCAAAAUUGCUGCACAGGAUUCGGCCGGCUUCUCGCCAUUUUCCAUUGCGAUACUGCGCAAGCACUAUGGCAUCGCAAACGCCAUCCUAGAGAUUGCACGCGCACAGUACAGCCCUCCAGAAACGCCAUUGACUAAGCACACGAUUCAACCGGUAGAUGAAGACGAUUCCAGUACCGACGGUGGCCAAGAGGACAUCCGAAUCUACUCUGAGAUUUUGGACGAUCGCUUUACCAUUGAGAACAUCGGGGAGGUGCAAAGUCAGGUCCAAAGCACUGUAAAACCCAUCGAGAUGAUUUCAUGGCGUUUUCCAUCGUUCCUGUUCCCCCAGGAGUCCUGCAUGUCACGAAAUUUUUCGCAUCCAUCGAAGCUCUUUAGCAGCGAUGACAACAGACCCUACAACCUCUUCCAAUUGGCAAUAUACAUGGAAGACUCCGAAUUACUCGAGUUCUUGAUUGCAAAGGGUGAGGAAUACAUCCAAGUCACACCUGGACCUGCAGAUGAAAACACGCCAAGUUUUUUCCGUUUCUCCGAAGAUGAUUUUCAUUAUGCCAUUCGAUUUGGUCGGGUGGAGCUGCUUAAGAAGAUUAUCAGAAAGACUGGGGCAGGCUUUCCCUUGGAUGACCUCGUCAGCAAGAGUGGUAUAGAGAUGCUUGUAAAGCCAGAAUACUAUCAAGGACUCUCGGUUCAUGGCAAAAAGCGAAAGGAUUGGGCAAACGCCGCAAGAGGGGUUCCGAAAGGAGUUUCUGAUACACAACAUCCGCCCCUGCUGCAUGCCGCUCGUCUUGGAAGCUUGAAAAGCGUCGAGUGGUUCAUGAGUGAUGCUGCACUACGCUGUUAUUUACAGUUUGCGGAUGAUCACCACGAAGACAUUCGCAUCCAAAACCUUGCAAAAACUAAGGGUGGAGUGAAAGCAUCCAUCACCAAAUGGCUCGGCUUUCACUCUCACUUGCUGCUGCAUUGUGUGGUGCUGAGCGAAAACAGAAAGAACUCUUUUCCUCUACUUCGGUAUUUGUGCAAGGAACACCCUGAAGCCCUUGAACACCGUUCUGCGAGUGGCAUGACACCUCUCCAUCUGGCCUUCACUCUCCGCCGCCUUGAGAUGGUCAAUAUUCUUCUAGACGCUGGCGCCGACCAAACGACAAGAAGCAAUGAUGGAAACAACAUCGUUCACUCGAUGCUAGCUACUCGGGGGAGGCACGUCACUGACAUUGACGCUCUUCGUGAGCUGUUUGGUCUAAUUGAUCCUCGCCUUCUUCCCAGCUUGUUCCUCGAGCGAACGACGAACUUCCCUGGUGCAGCCACGCCACUUGGGUACUGGAUCCACAUAAGUACGAGAUAUUGGCAAAACCAGAUCAACAAAGGAAAUCAUGAGGCAAUCCUUUAUCUGCUACUUGAGUUGAGCAAAGGCGAGGACCUUGGCAUAAUCAAUGGUGAUGGGGACACACCUGUUCAUGCUGUAGUCCGGUACCGUGCAGAUAGCAUGCUACGCAUCAUGCUUGAAUGUCGCCCUGAACUCGUCUUUUGCGAGAAUGCCUCUGGGUGCACCCCUCUUGAAAUGGCAGAGACAUUGUAUUUUUCAGAGGUCUUUAGUGAUCCGCCGUCACUGCCACCCACUAAUCAGUCGCAAGGUCGCAGAGGGGGAUUCACAGGUGUGCUUGAGCGAGAGCCACCGUCAUUCAUCAACGAGCCGGAAGAUGUUCGCCCUGAUAAGGAGAAGGUAUUGCAAAUUUGCAGAGAUUUUGCUGCAGAUCAAGGCAAGGAUCACAAGAGAAGGCUUGUUAGUCUCAUCGAGGCGAACGAAGUUGCAAAGAGGCUUGCGUCGAAGACCAGAAAGGAUGAUGCAGCCGAGCAUGCAGUCAAGGAGGAAUGUGCAGAGGACAAAGAGGACAGGAAGAGUGAUCAAGGCGACGCGGUGACUGCAUGGUUCUCUUGGAACCUGGAAUGA